AUGGAAUUCUGCCCGGUGUGUGGGAUGCUGCUGCAGAUCGAUCCGGGCACCGGAAGCCACCGCCUGCGCCUCUUCUGCCCCGUCUGCCCCUACGUCUGCCCCAUCCAGAACAAGAUCGUGAAGAAGGCGAGGUUGGUCAAGAAGGAGGUGGAGCCCAUCUUCAGCACGGCGGACGAGAUGAAGUCGGCCCCUAAGACCGCAGAUCCAGGGAAACUGGAUAGAGGGUUUGCUCAGUGA